GCAGCCAGAUGCAUCCUGGGAAGUAGUGCUAGUGUGAGUCCACCGUCAAACUGACGUAAGGCGCGCCGGUUGAUGCGCGGGACCUUCUGCAGCAGUCUUCAAAUUUUUUGCACCGCGCCUCUCUUGCACGCCCUCGCUAAAAACACAAGCAUACAUGCGCGCCUUGUGCGGUGUAGCUCAGCGGCUGAGUGGAUGAAGAGAGAGAGGAGAGAAGACAGUCGAGAGAGAGUGGCUAUUCUAUUCGCAGCCACACGAAGCUGGAGAGAACGAAGGGGGAGGAAGCAAGCCGCGGAAAGCAAGGUCCCACUUGCACGGAUUACCCGUUGAUCUUUGCUAUCUACGGUCAAUAUCGCUUAAUUCGUGUAAGUGGGACCCAGCCCCAGAAAGCAGGCAUUCGAACGUCAAGCCGGAGAAGGAUGAGCGCGGAAUCGGAAGCCAUUAGGCCGGCGGUGCUGUCGCCGGAUGCAUGGCAGCCCGAGAGAUUUUUUGUUGGGGGCCGUAAGAAGGUGAUCAUUGACACCGACCCUGGCAUAGACGAUGCCAUGGCAAUAAUGCUAGCUUUCCAGUCGCCGGAACUCGAAGUCGUUGGAUUGACAACAACAUUUGGAAAUGUGCCAACUGCAAUGGCAACGCGGAAUGCCCUCUGUUUGCGUGAGGUGGCAGGUAUGGCGCAUGUGCCCGUAGCCCAAGGGGAGCGCGUUGCACUUAAGGGGGAAGAAAAGCAACGGAUUGCAGACUUUGUGCAUGGGUCCGAUGGACUGGGCAACAUUAAUACCUCGCCCCCGAACGGGCAUGCCAUUGAUAUGGGGGCAGCUGAGUUCAUGGUUAAGAUGGCCAGGGAGAACCCAGGGCAGAUCACAGUGAUUGCGCUGGGGCCUCUGACAAAUGUCGCCAAGGCUAUCGAACAGGAUCCCGAGUUUGUGAAGAAUGUUGCUCAGAUUAUUGUUCUUGGCGGUGCAUUCUUUGUGAAUGGGAAUGUUAAUCCUGCUGCAGAAGCCAAUGUUUAUGGAGAUCCGGACGCUGCUGAUGCGGUGUUUAUUUCCGGUGCAGAUAUUAUUGUCAUAGGUCUGAAUGUGACAACUCAGAUGCUGAUGACAGAGGAGGACUUGAAUCAUCUGCGGGAUGACGGAGGGCCAGUGGGAGAGUUCCUGCACAAGGCGGCGCAAUUCUACUUGCAGUAUCAUCGGGAUUACUACGACAUGAACGCCAUUUAUGUGCAUGAUCCUACAACUAUUCUUGCUGCAAUUGAUCCGUCGGUCUUCACUCUGAAGACUGGUGCUGUUCGAGUGAUCACCGAGGGGAGGUUCAAGGGCACGACACUUAUGAAUGCUCUUGGUACAAAACGGUGGAACUCGGUAACAGAAUGGUGUGGCAAACCUCCCAUCAAGGUGGCUUUCGGUGUGGAUUCGCAACGAGGAAUGCAGGUGAUCAAAGACCGCUUGAUGAAGAUGUGGUCUGGUUAUAAUGGAGUCUCUAAUUCGGAGGGCAUUACGGAUAAUGGCAAUUGACAGUGAUGUGUGUUACAACUUACAAACAUAUCCAGGGACAUCGAUGAGGUGCACAACCGUCAAGGCUCAUCUUCAGAAACAAAUGUCACCCUCUCCCUGAGGGAGGAUUAUCAUCAUGAUGUUUGCUGAAGCGGGACGGAGUUAGGGUUCAGCUGCUUUAUGAAAAAGAAGCCUCUGUGGCAGCAACUGGGUUGCUUUCUUUUGUCAGCACUAGCAGGUAAUAGUGUGAUUUGGCGCAAAAACGACUCUGACACGCCCUUGCACGCUUGCACAGCCGACAGCGGAUGUGCAUGGGUUUUGAACCCUUUGUGUACUCUGUGCACCGUCUUCUCUGUUUGCUUAGUUGCCAUGAUUAGAGGAGGAGGUUCAGUCCAUAAUGUGCAGCAUGGUGUCCUCCAUGCUCGUAUUUCAUUUUCUAAGGCUCGCAGAGCAACAGCCUGUCCACCAGAGGCAUGACUGUUGGGGCUGUGAUAUCACCCAUGGACACAGGGUAAUGUCUGAAAGUCGAAUGAGACGCGUGUUGCUUCUUGUGUCUGCUUAAUCAAGGCUGUUGGCAAUGUGAUCCGAACAGCCCGCGUUGCCGCCGCGGGAAGAUUGUUUCCUAUUCGCAGGAGAACGUCGUUAUAUGUUUGCUUCCACUUUUCCCCUGCCACCCACCCCAUCAAGGCAUCCGUACGUUCGUCAAUCCAUCCAUUCAUGCGCCGUGUCGACCGUGUGACGAUCUGACAGGUACGCAGUUUAGUUGCCAGCACUUGUUGUCGGCGUUUAGCACUGCUGCAGAGUCCAUGAGAUCGUUCCUGCCCGUGGAGUUGUGUCCAGGCAUUUUCGAUUGCAUAUAUUCAAAGUUCUAUGGACUUCACUCGUUAGCAGAGUGACAUUGAGUGUUGCAUGUUUUUAAGGAAGUGAGCAUAAAAUAACAUCAAGGUUAAUGAGCUUUUCCACUGUUUUGCCUCCCUCCCCCCCCCCCCCCCCCCCCCCCCCCCAAUUUCAGAGGAUGGCUGUGGUGACUCCACAUUGUAGUGGUGGAGAAGUGGGUGCAUAGCAUAUUUAUCGUCAUAUCAGCAUGGAUAGAUGUCGGAGGCCAGUAGGAGGCCUUAACUGAUGCUUGCAUGGCAAAGCCGGAAGACCGCCCCUGCAAGCUAGCAUGUCAGACAUAGCAACUUAGCAAGGAUGUUACGCCAGAGUGUUGAUCCGUAGAUCUAACGGAUCAGCAAGUGUCGUUGUUAUCAUUGUGGAUAGUCCACACUGGGUGGCUAGCGAAUCACCCAAAGUGGGAAUGACUCGUGUUAUUGUCAUCCGAGGGUUAGGCUCCUCUGAGUUGGAAGGCUCAACUGCAGAGUUGACGCGUAAUAGAAAUGGCUGAAUUCCAUGGGGGCACUAGGUUUCUGAGACGUAUGUUGAAGUGCGCAUAAUGGUGGACAUAAUGGAGUCGGAAAAAGGGACCGGUGCUGCUUUCAAGGAUUUUUUUUGUUUUUUUAACUUUUUUCAAGUUUUUUUGCAUAAUUCGGAAUCGGUCAGCACACUUCAGGUUCAGGGUGCAUGCAAUUUUAUUUUUCGACAAAUGUUUGCAAUUUUAUUUUCUCAAAUCAUCCUCAAAUCUUCAUUUGAACCUCGGUGGAUGAUGUGCGAUCAAAUCUCAAGUCUCGUGGAGUUUGUCCAUCCCACCAACUUUUAUCGCAUUGGGAACCUGUGUCACAUUUGCCAGUACAAUGACUCUCUCACAACAGAGCAACAUAUCGAAGUCCAUCAGGCUAAACAUGAUGAAUGGAAAUAAUUUGUGCGAAAGCCGUCACUGGAACGUCACCUGAUUUCCACAGUCCUGUGCAUCAGACACACAAGGGCUUUUUGCGACAGACGCACACGUUUCUGGCUGAACGUAAGCAUCACGUUGUCCU